ACACCGACGCUUCCUGCAGAUUUGUACUUUGUCACAAAUGUCGUCCGUGUCUCUGGACCCGUCCCGGUUCGUCUGCCCGCUCUGCCUGCAGCUUCUGUCCGACCCGGUCACCGUCCCGUGCGGUCACAGCUUCUGCAGAUCCUGCCUCUCGCCGCUCUGGAGCUCUGGAGGCAGCAGCAGCAGCAGCAGCAGCAGCAGCAGCAGGGGCCAGAGCAGCAGCUGUCCCCAGUGCAGAGCCACCUUCAACCCCACACCCGCACUGGGCACCAACCCCCUCCUGCAGGAGCUGGUGCGAGAUCUGAGGGCCGUGAGUCUCCAGCAUGGAUCUGCCGCUGCACCUGAGAAGCACCGUGGACAUAUCGCCCAGAGGGAAGCAGAGCUCAACAAACUCUGUCAUGUGAUGAAGGAUUUCCCUCGGUUGGCAGACACGGCGGUGGAGGACUGCAGAGGGAUCUUCUCCGAGCUGCAGGUCUUCGUGAGGAGGAGCUGCGAGGAGCUGGAGGAGAUGAUCCGGGCUCAGGAGAAAUCUGAACUGACUCGAGCUGAAAAUCACCGUCGGCGUCUGGAGCGCGAGGUCCAGACGCUGAAGAGGAGCGGCUCCGAGCUGCAGACGGGCGAGUCUUUGAGCCGGUCGGGCUCUUCUCCCGUGGUCCAGCCUCGCGUCUCCUUCGGCCCCGUGAGGAAAGCUCUGGUGGACCUGAAGAAACAUCUGGAGUCUGUGUAUGUCCAGGAGCUGCCCACCGUCACCAGAGCAGUGACGUCUGUGAGUUUACUGCAGCAGGAGACACCGGCGAGAGAUCAUAAACCUGUAACUUUUGUGGACCUGGGCAGCAGAGAGAGUCUCCUUCAGUACUUCUGCCCUCUGACCUUUGACCCCUUCUCUGCCCACCGCGACCUCCGUGUGUCCGAGGGGAACCGCGUGAUCGGCCGCGGCGGGCCGACCGAGCCGCGCCCCGACCACCCCGAGCGCUUCGACUGCUGGGCCCAGGCGCUGUCGCACGAGGGCGUGAGGGGGCGGGGCUACUGGGAGGCGGAGUGGGCGGGGACGCAGGCGGCGGUGGGCGUGGCCUACAGCAGCGUCCAGAGGAAGGGCUCCUCCAACGCCUCCAGACUGGGACACAACUCCGAGUCGUGGUGUCUGAAAUGCUCGGAGGCGUCGUGGACGUUCUGUCACGCCGGACGAGAACAGGACGUGGUGGUUUCCGCGGGUCACGGGUCCAGGAGAGUCGCGGUGUUCUCGGACCUGGACUCGGGUCUGCUCUGCUUCUACGCGGUCGCGGCUCGAGGGCUCCACCUGCUGCACCGGCUGGAGAACCGCUUCACUCAGCCUCUGCACGCGGCCGUGUGGCUGGGCAGCAACUCCACUGUGACCCUCUGUGCGGCGAGGGAACGAGAGCCCAGCUGA